AUGAGGCUUCGGGUGAGAGUCGGAGGACAGACAGGGCGACUGGAGCUGGAAGAGGAGAAGCCGACGUUGGGAGAUCUCCGUAGGAAGCUGUCUGUAUCUUUCCUACCUUCAUUGGGGUACAGUUCAGAUGCAGUUUUCACCAUCACUCUGAAUGGCAAGGACACCCUGACUGAGUACCAGAAUACUCUGGAAUCAUGUGGAAUCAUAUCUGGAGAUCUGAUAGUUCUCCGAGUGCCGGACUCAGAGCUUGUUUCAGCAAUUCCAUCACCAAGCACUCCGCCUGCCCUGGAUCAGCGCCAACCCGCUAUCUCUAAUGUUGAAAAUGUCCAACCAAACACAAGUCACAGUGACCAGAGGCAUGAUUGGACACCAGUAACACAGAGCUUACCAGAGAAGCCCAUGGCUAGUUCUUAUCAUGGAGCAGUAACCGAGGAGGAGGCCUCAGUGGAAGAAGAGCCUCCUUGCAGUCUGGCAGAGCCAAUGCUGAUCAGUGAAUCUGUUGAUGGGAAGAUACCCCACUCCCUGGAGUCUCUCUACCUAUCCGCUGGUUGCUCCAGUCCUAACGAUGCUCUGAUAGUGGUCAUCCAUGUACUCAUGUUGGAGACGGGCUACAUCGUUCAGGGUGCUGAAGGAAAGGGUGCAUCUAUGCCCGAGGGCUGGCGGCACAGUGACGGCAUCUACAAGCUACGUUAUGCUCACCCCCUGUGCGGAGACAGUUCUGCUCUUCUGGCCUGCAUGCCUAUGAGCAAGCUCCUUGUUAUCAAUGCUGCUGUGAACAUGAACCAUGGAGUGAAAUGUGUGAAGACCCUUCAGCUGCCUACCAAUUCUUUCAUCAACUUCCCUGGACCAGAUAAUAAUGUGAGCUCGGUGUACAGGGACCUGCAGAGAUUAUCACGUCUCUUCAAGGAUCAGCUUGUCUACCCAUUACUGGCUGCGACACGGCAAGCCCUAGAACUCCCUGAUGUGUUUGGUCUCCUGGUUUUACCGCUGGAACUAAAGCUGCGUAUCUUCCGCCUUCUGGAUGUGCGUUCACUUCUCUCACUUUCUGCCUCUUGCAAAGAUCUACAUGGAGACACGAAAGACCCCACCAUGUGGAAGUUCUUGUGCAGAAGGGAUUUCCGAGACCGACUUUCAAGGACCCCACAGACAGACUGGAAAGAGCUGUACAAGGCGAUGCAUAAAGCAAGAAUGAGUCGGAUGACUACACAUCACAUUUUCCAGCCAUUUCCUCCUCCACCCUACAUGCCUAACCCUUUUGUCCUUGACCCAUUUCCACCCAACUUUCCCUAUCCACCUGGCAUCAUUGGAGGUGAAUAUGAUGAGCGCCCCAUACUACCCAUUGCUAGAGACCCCCUUUCUCUUUUUGUACCUGGCAGAAGACCAAUGAUGGACCCCUUCCAGCCUCUGAGGCCUCGCAUCAACCCUAAUUUACCAGGCCCUGGUGGCUUUCCACCAAGGAGGCCAGACAACCGAGGGGCUUUCAUGCCAACGUUCUUCUAA